AGACAAUCCCUGAAAAUAUGAACUUGGCAAUGUUCACCAAAUCCUGGAUACUGUGGGGUUGUGCUGCCAUUAGAAAAACUGGCUUCACUCUGAGGGGAAAUGCUUCAUCCACAACAAAGAGCAUGCCAAGGACUGAAAUGAGAUUGCCUUCUGGAGGAUCCCGAUCAUGAAUCGAUACACAACUAUCAAACAGCUGGGAGAUGGAACAUAUGGCUCUGUCCUCCUAGGAAGAAGUAUUGAAUCAGGAGAGCUGAUUGCCAUUAAGAGGAUGAAGAGGAAAUUUUAUUCCUGGGAGGAAUGCAUGAAUCUUCGUGAAGUCAAGUCCUUGAAAAAACUCAACCAUGCCAACGUAGUGAAACUAAAAGAAGUUAUCAGAGAAAAUGAUAAUCUGUACUUUGUAUUUGAGUAUAUGAAAGAAAACCUUUAUCAAUUAAUGAAAGAAAGGAACAAACUGUUUCCAGAAUCCACUGUCAGGAAUAUUAUGUAUCAGAUUCUUCAAGGCCUUGCAUUCAUACAUAAACACGGUUUUUUUCAUAGGGACUUAAAACCAGAGAAUCUCCUUUGCAUGGGACCAGAACUUGUGAAAAUAGCUGAUUUUGGGCUUGCGCGUGAAAUUAGAUCCAGACCUCCCUACACAGAUUAUGUUUCGACGCGGUGGUACAGAGCUCCUGAAGUGCUCUUGAGGUCCACUAACUAUAGUUCUCCCAUUGAUAUCUGGGCUGUUGGUUGCAUCAUGGCAGAAGUUUAUACACUCAGGCCACUGUUUCCCGGGACCAGUGAAAUAGAUACUAUUUUCAAAAUUUGCCAAGUGUUGGGAACACCGAAAAAGAACGACUGGCCUGAAGGCUACCAGCUCGCAGGCACCAUGCAUUUCCGGUGGCCCCAGUGUGUACCAAAUAACCUAAAGACCCUCAUCCCUAAUGCCAGCAGUGAGGCCAUACAGCUCAUGAGAGACAUGCUGCAAUGGGACUCCAGAAAGCGGCCAACUGCCAGUCAGGCACUUCGAUAUCCUUACUUCCAGGUUGGGCAAGCUCUGGGCCCUUCUCAGUGUAUUGGGGAGCUGGGAAAGCAACAGCGAGACCUUCCCGACAAAGGCCAAAGCCACUUUAAGCCCGUUCCACCAGCAGCACCCCCGCCCAAAGCGCAGAGUGGCCUCUCAUUGAGACCAUGUCCGCAGAGCCAUUCCUCCCAGUCCCUGACCUACCCACACAAAGCAGAUUCCUCAGCCAGGGCCCACCUAAAGGAAGUCAAGCCAAGCCAGGUGGUCUUGCCAGAAAUACACGCCAAACUUUCUCUACAGAGAACUUCCAUUGCAACAGAAGCCGCCAACGGAGAUCUCAAACCAAAGAACCAACAUAAAUGGGGCCACAUUAUUGGAACAAUAAAAAGUUCCGAGGAGUUGGAUACUUUGGAAGAGAGUGAUAGGAAGUCUUCCCUCAGCAGAACUGAUUUUAAAAACAAAGGGCAGAGUGAUGAUGUUCUUUGUAGAUUUGAAAGUAUUUUGGAUCUGAAACCUUCAGCCUGCAUAGGGACGGGAAACAGCGCACCUUCCUAUCUUCAACAGGACAUGCCAACGUGCCAAGUUUCUGCAGCCAAACAACAUUAUUUGAAACAUUCUAGGUAUUUACCUGGAAUAAGCCCAAGAAAUAAUUUGGUCUCUAGUUCAAGGAAAGAUUCUGUCCUACCAAAUCCAUGGCCAAGCUCUAGUUUGCCUAGAAAGACGUCGGCAACAGCAGGCGGGAUCACCAGGCUCAACACCAAUUGCACAGGGUCAAGUGGCCUACUGGGUGCUUAUGUCCCUUCCUUUCUGAAAAAAGAAGUUGGCUCAGCUGGUCAGAGAGUGCAGUUGGCACCAAUUCUUGAUCCGUCUCCCGUAGACUCAUCUUCUCAAUACAAUUCCCUGAAGACUAUCAGACCUCAUAUCGGGAGACCAUCAUUUAACAUGUCUAUGAAAAGCACACCAGGGUUGCUGCCAGCUCCUGUUCAACCAGUGCAUGGAAGGAUUGAUUGGUCUUCAAAAUAUGCUGCUCACCGCUGAAUUAUGGGAUUGGAGCAUGCCUUCCAUGACACUGUCUCCUGUCUGUAUUUUCUACGGCCGAGACAUUUCAGGACCUUUUAAGAGAGUUUACUUUUUAGUUGUAUGUAUUUGAAUGCAAACUUGUGUAACUUUUGUAUUGUUCUUAUUUUAUGAUUGAGGCAUUUAUUUUCAUAGGACCAAUGCAAAUUUGUAUAUCAGCCUAGAAUUGUGGAAUUGUUGUUGUU